UCAAAGUCCAUCUGCAAGUGUGAAUCGAAGCCUGUGAGCGUGAAAGCACACAGGAAAGUAGUUUCUGUAUAUUCGGUUUCCAGUUUGCACAUGGAGCUGACAAGAGUUAGGUGAAUCGACUCAAAAUGAAAUGUCCCAAGUCCUACGCCUUUUAGAAGCCUGUUUUGACACAUGUCACUCUGAACCAGUAAAUCGCUUUAUCGUAUGUGACUUGGUUACUUCUUUAAACAACUUUUUCAAGUCCCAUAUCUUUGUCGAUGUCAGGCGUCGCUUGGCGCGUGAAGAUAACAUGAUGUCAACGACAUACUGGUCAGACUUUGUUCAUGUCGCGGGUCGACUGCUUACCUAUAAGCGUGCAGUGGACUUGAUGGAUUUAGUCGCAAAGAUCUGGCCUCAGCUCUUUUCAGACAUUCAAAUCUGCAUGAUACCAUCAAGUUCAACAGUGUCUGAUGAUUCUUUCAAGAGCCAGUCUGGCGUUCUUCGUAUAAAGCCUUGGACAGCUGCUCAGAUCAUGAGCAAAAUGUCUAGCGAUGAGUCGUUAUUGGGUCGUUUUGCAGCAAAGCUAGGCUCGCUUUCUGUCCACGAUAUAGACGCCAAGGUCUCUGAACUUUGGCGUAGUGCACCUAAACCAACGGUGCAUGCGGAAGUGCUGGUGCAUGAUUGGCUAGAAAACACCGAGGGUGGAAUCCGUCCUGAACGGUUUUUCAAUCGUUGGAAAUUCAUCGGAUCAAGCAAACCACCCUGCAAACUGUGCUCUUACUUUUUCGAUGAAUAUCCAACUGAUGUUCAAGUCCGGCCCUCUCAUCAAAAUGCGUAUUUUGCCUGGCGGAUGCCUGAUAUGUAUGGGUACCAAGGCGAGGAAUCAAGCCGUAAACGAAUGCUCGUAAUGGAUAGUAUCAAGACUCGAAUCAGAGCAGACGUUGUGCGAAUGCUGUCUGAGAAGCUAGCUGAUGGGCGAUCUAAUGAUUCAAGUGCAUAUACAUCCUUGUGUCGUGGCAUAGCGCCAGGUCCUCCCAACAAUCCUAUCUCACUAGAAGCGACUGCUCAGUUGCUCGAAUCUUGCACGCUUUCGACAACGCACGAACAAGGUGCCACUGAUCGAGAGUCGGCCAAGGAAGUGGUAAGAGUGCUGGAUGAGAACCAUGAAGAGGAAUUACUUUUCAAAGGUAGAUCAGCUGUCCGAAAGACUGUACAGAACCGACUGGGAGAACAAUAGCCAAUUAGUUUAAGUACCCCG